UCCACAAAAUGUCACAAAUCAACAUUGAACACGUCAAAAUUAGUUUUUUUGCCAGCGAUUGAUUCGAAACGAUGUUUUGAAAAUGUAUUUGUUGACAAUAUUGCAGUGUUUUAGUGCUUAGGACACUUUGGGGAUCCGUCUCAUGUAAAUUUUAGUGAUCGAAUGUAGUAAAAAACCACCAAAAUGAAGGCGAUCCUUGCUACUGUGAUCAGUCUUGCACUGACGACUGUGGUCAUUGGCAAUGCAUAUUACCAAAAGAAACAAUUCUAUCCUUCUAUAGUUUAUUUAACGAAUUCCAAUCCUAGUAUGGCUGUAAUGUACUUGCAAGCGUUUAUUUUAGUAUUAUUGUUAGGUAAGCUACUGAGGAAAAUAUUCUUUGGACAACUUCGCCCUGCAGAAUUUGAGCAUUUAAUAGAGAGGUCAUGGUAUGCAAUCACAGAGACGUGCCUGGCGUUCACAGUUUUUAGGGACGACUUCAACCCAAAGUUCAUUGCCCUUUUCACCCUGCUCCUGUUUCUCAAGGCAUUCCACUGGCUAGCUGAAGAUAGAGUUGAUUAUAUGGAAAGGAGUCCUGUCAUUGGGUUAGUGUUCCAUGUACGAAUCCUAUCGCUGCUAAUGUUACUGGCGCAUGCUGACUUUUACUUCAUUCACCAUGCGUACCAGUUCACCACAGCCAAGGGUCCUUCCGUGCAGCUGGUCUUCGGCUUUGAAUACAGCAUACUGAUUAUCAUGAUUGCCAACAUCCUAAUUAAGUACGUCCUCCACGCCAUCGACUCGAGAUGGGAAGCGCCGUGGGAGAGCAAAGCGGCGGUGCUGCUGUACACGGAGCUGGCCAUCAACUUCCUCAAAGUGCUGCUGUACAUCGGCUUCGUGGCCGUCAUGGUCAGGAUCUACACUCUACCCCUGUUCGCAUUCAGGCCUAUGUAUGAGACUAUGAGGAGUUUCAAGAAGGCGUACAACGACGUGGUGUUGUCAAGGCGCGCGAUCCGCAACAUGAACACCCUGUACCCGGACGCGACGCCCGCGGAGCUGGCGGCUGCCGACAACGAGUGCAUCAUAUGUCGGGAGGAGAUGCAUACUGGUGCCAAAAAACUGCCGUGCAACCACAUAUUCCACGCGGCGUGCCUCCGGCUGUGGUUCCAGCGGCAGCAGACCUGCCCCACGUGCCGCCUCAACGUGCUGCGCGCGCCCGCGCCCGAGCCGCCGCCCGCCGCGCCCGCCGCGCCGCCUCGGGCCGCGCCGCACGCCGCGCCGGCUGGCCCACCGCCGUUCCCCAAUAUGCCGCCGCCACCAAUGAUGGCGUGGGGCAUGCCUCCGCCUCCGCCGCCGCGGCCGGCCUCGCUAGCGACCCUGACCACUGCAGAAUUACAACGAAUGGAGGGCACCGAGAGAAGAAAUAUUGAGGCUCGCUUGCAGCUUCUCCGAGAGAUCGAGGCCAUGUUGGAUGCGUCAGUUCUCCUCAUGCAGCAGUACUCCUCCGUCGUGGCUAAUCUGCCACAGAACAGCGUGACGGUGGCUACCCAGACUGAAACUAUUAAAACGGAGGCGCCGCUCUCGUCGCCGAGCGCGGCGGCGGGUCCCUCGUUCAAGCCGCAGCCCGGACCGCCUCCAGCUGAAGCUUCUUCUUCUACUAGAGACAAGACUGAUGCUGAUGCCGAGGAGCUGAGAAGACGACGAUUACAGAAGUUCACACAGGACAAAUGAGCUUGUUGUUAUACGGACUGUUUCUUUCCUAACUUACCAUUAUUUAAUGUACAAAGUGUUGCAGUAUGCUAAGCAAUGUGUAUUCUGAUCGAAAAAAUGUAUUUAUGUUCUUGUAAAUAUAAUGGGAUAUACACAUGAAUACAUUACAUAAUACUUUCUCACA